ACGGCGUUAGUUAGACCGACAAAUGAAUCACUUCAUUUCCUUUAUGUUCAAGAAUCACGGUGACAUAACCCGGAUUUGUUUUUCCUUCCCUAAGCUGUGUUUCCAAUUCUGAGACUGCUCGAUGUUUAUGUUAACAUAGGGUUUUGAUCUCAUCUGAUUGAAACUUGUUUCCAUGCAUUGUUUGCUUUAGCGUAAAACUGGUACAAGUUUGGGCAGGGUUCGGAAGGAUGUUGAAAAAAAUUACAGUGGUUUUGUUGAUUGGGCUGCUGGCAUGGGCAUAUCAAGCCACCUACCCUCCGCCUCCCAGCAUUUGUGGCUCCCCAGGCGGCCCUCCUGUAACAGCUCCUAGAAUAAAGCUCAGGGAUGGAAGGCAUCUGGCCUACAAGGAGCAUGGGGUGUCAAAAGAAGUUGCCAAAUAUAAGAUUAUAUUUGUUCAUGGCUUCGGCUCUACUAGACAUGAUACAGUGAUUGCAGCAAACCUCCCUCCAGAAUUUAUCGAAGGACUGGGACUCUACAUUGUGUCUUUUGACAGACCAGGUUAUGGAGAAAGUGAUCCAGAUCCAAAAAGAUCAGUGAAAAGUUUGGCUUUAGAUAUAGAAGAGCUAGCCGAUCAGUUGGGAUUUGGAUCCAAAUUUUAUGUAAUUGGGCAGUCUAUGGGCGGCCAGGCGGUUUGGGGCUGCCUCAAGUACAUUCCUCAUAGGCUAGCAGGAGCGACAUUGUUGGCUCCGGUUGUGAACUACUGGUGGCAAGGCUUUCCUGCCAACUUGUCUACAGAGGCUUACAACAAACAACCACCUCAGGACCAGUGGUCCCUUCGAGUUGCUCACUACAUACCAUGGCUAACCUACUGGUGGAACACUCAGCAGUGGUUCCCUGCAUCCAGUGUCAUAUCCGGCAAACCUGAUAUAUUUUCUCGCCAAGAUCUAGAAAUACUUUCCAAGUUUGCUGGGAGGGAGAAUCCAAACAAGGCACAGGUCAAGCAACAAGGAGAAUUUGAGUCCAUCCAUCGUGACAUGAUGAUUGGAUUUGGGAGUUGGGAGUUCAGUCCUGUGGAUCUUGAAAACCCUUUUCCAAAUAAUGAAGGCUCAGUUCAUCUGUGGCACGGCGAUGAAGAUGCUCUUGUGCCAGUCACUCUGCAACGCUAUAUUGCUAAAAAACUACCAUGGAUUCAAUACCAUGAGUUACCUGGUGCUGGACACCUAUUUCCAGUUGCUAUAGGAGUGAGCGAAGCUAUUAUUGAGGCGCUUCUGUUGGGUCAGAAGUAGCCUCAACAACUCUUUUUCUUUUUUCUUUUUUCUCUUUACCCUUUUUUUCCCACCCCUCUUGCUUUUGAUUUAUUUUCCAUUUUAUGUCUUAUGACACUAUUUGGCUCUUCAUAUCAAACCUCUCUAAUAUCUAUAUAUUUCCACAUAUCAAGUAAAAA